UGUAUGGUGAUGAUUUUGAAAUAAAAGAAGACUUAUCCAGCCGUAUGGUGUUUGAGUGUAAGAUUUGUAACAGAGAAAUGAACUCAGAGACAGCCGUGGCUGAACACUUCAGAUCUGGGGGUCAUCAAAAGAAUCGUGACAAAAAGUAUCGAGAGAGAGGAGAGAGUAACCUUGAUCCUCUGAAGAUAAAAUAUUCUCCUGAUUCUUUGCACUACAAACUUGCUUGUAGCCACAUCAAACCCCUAGGUUUGCAGAUGAUUGAAGAAUAUGCUUGUAGUCACAGAUCGCCUUACUUUAAAUGUAACCUAUGUGGAGCUCAUGGCAAACUUGACUCCAUGUAUCACCAUGCUAUUGGAAACAGACACACCGAAAAGUAUAUUAAAAGUGCCUGUGUGCUAGAAAACUCCAUUUUAACUUCCACUGAGCGGGAAGAAAUCCGUCAUCAGUUGGUCAAAGCAGAAGGAAUGAAAGUUGAAGCCAUCAAAACGAUUAGAGGAGACAUGUACUUCCCCAGGAAAUGGAAAGAAGAAGGGCGUGUUUAUGGAAGACAACAAAAUGCUGUGAAAAAAGAUGCCAGAUCUCCAUCUAGCUCACCAUCACCAGGGCCAUCAAGAUCUAGGUCCUCAGUGCAUGAAAUCGGUCACAGUUCCUUGAGGUUGUCUAAACGAUCACCUAAGGAAUCUCCUACCAGCUCUCCAGAGAGAUAUAUUAAAAGGUCUCCAAGAGAGUCAUACAAAAUUUCUCCAGACAGCUCUCCAGUAAGAUCUCACUCAAGAGAGAAAUCUCCCUUGUCUCAAUACCGAAACAAAUCUCCACCUGGGCUUCCUUCAUUAGAUAUAAAGUUAGAGCUUGAUGAUUUGCCUAUUGCUCCAUCACCUCCGCCAGUACUCCCACCACCUCCCCCACAACGACCGGAGAAAAUGGACAAGGAAAUCCAGAAGUUCGACUUGGAGGAGCUUAUGAUUCAGUUCAAUUUUAUUGUCAAAACUCAUGAUAUGUCUGCAGCGGAUAUUCAGACUGCCCAGGAUGAGAAAUUAGCCAUUGACCUGAUGAUGCUGAUUUCGGAAGCCCUGUAUUCCUGUAUUCGUAUAGAUGAUUCUCAAGAUAAUCCUGAAACUGCACGUUUGAGAACACAACAAGAGACACUGAGGAAGAUCAUGGGAUAUAUCAAGCUGAGACUUGAAGCAACUUGGAAUGAUACUAACAAACAGAAGGAUUCUUCAUAAUAUUGUGGCAGCACCUCAUUUUUUUAAUAUGACUGUCAUCAACAUCACCUGUAACUGUCAUUUUUAUAUUUCAUGGUAAUGAAGGAACUUUAUAUUUCAUGGGGAAAUGAACAUUGAACCCUUGACCUGACCAACUGAUAGUAGGGAGGAGGUAUAUGUUAUUGCCAAUUGUCCCUAGAGUCCAAAUAACAAAAGAAAAAAUUCAUGAUCGUAAUUUAAAUGCACAAUGUUCAGAAUAAGCAGAUUUGGUAUGUUGAUUCAAGACUAUGGAACAUUAGAAACUUUGUAACCUAAAAGCAGUAACAGCACAGUAGAACCUUCCCGUAUCCACAGAUUCGGUAUCCACGGUUUCAGUUAUCCACAGUUUAGUGGCCCAAAGGCUAAGAGAAGCCGUGAAAUACUUCCCAUCAGUGAAAAAGUGCUAAUUCUAGACUUGUUUUGCUUAAUUUGUCAAACUUGAUCAUAGGUAUGUAAAGGAAAAAUGACUUAUAUAUAGGGUUCACUACUAUCCAUGAUUUCAGGUAUCCGUGAAAGGCCUUGGAACAUGUUCCCUCUGGAUACGGGAGACUCUACUGUAAGAAUUGUAAUUAUACUGCAGGAAUUGUAAUUAAAAUAAAAGUGCUGUACGAUAGUAUAUUAAUUUUACUUUAAGUUUUGUGGUGUGAUGAUGAGGUAUAAACUGCUCUGAUCAAUAGUGGUGACCCAGAAUAACUUCUGUUCAGAGACAUAGGGGCUGUAAAGCUCCACUAGUGAAAUUGUAGCUCCACUAGUGAAAUUGUAGAUGGCUGAGAAGAUGGAUAUCAAUCGCUGUUUCUUGACCACAUAUUCCUCAUAUACCCAUGCAGUUGAGAUGCCAAAAUCAACCUUCCUUAUUGGAUAAGUGCAUGCACCCGUACUGGAGAUACAUUGGAAUCAUUGGGAUCUUUUCAUUUAUUCAGAAGACCACCAGACACUAUCACUGCAGACAAAAUCUGGAAUCUGUAACUUUUUCCAUUUUCUCCAUUGAUUCUAAUGUUUGUCCACGGUUUUCAAAAUCUGUUAAAUGGGAUCCAUUAACCCGUAAACGGUCCAAACGUAUAUAU